CACGUGGACCCAUACUCCAAAAAUUUGGCAGCCCAUCGGACUUCAAGCUCCGAUGCGUAUGAAUCGAUAAGUGCCGAAUGGAGGGAGAUCAUUCACCCAAGAGACAGAAAGCAUUGGCUUGUCGAAGGUGUCGGUCUCGAAAGCAAAAAACCGUGUGAUAAUUGCACAACGGCAAAUGAAGAAUGUAUAUCAAGUGAGCCGGUGACACGAAGGGCUCGUGUCAGUACUGAAUAUGCUAGAGCGCUCGAGGAGAGGAUCGUAGACCUUGAGUCUCAGGCAGGACAGAGAUCAGAAAAUACUACUCCUGUUAGCCGGCAGGGGACAGCACAAGACACUCCACGCUCGAGAAAUGACGGAUCUUUGAACAAGAGAACAUUCGAGCGCGCAAUUUCAGAGCCAGAAUCAGACAUUGAUUCUCGUACUUCAAGACGGCAGAUAAAUCAAAAUUUGUCGCAAGACGGGUCAUCUUCAAAUCCCCAAGCAGCCCAGGUUCCUCUUCUAGCAUCUACUGCACCACGCCCGACACCACCACUACCGUAUUCGAAUGCCGGAGAGGCAUUACCAGUCCCGCAAGGCCAAUGCGGACACUCCAGCUUAUUGAUUGGUAUACUAGCCACUCUCGCAAAUUCUGAUCCCUGUGUAUCACCAAUAAAACAGCAUGAGACACCAAACGCCAUUAUAUCAUCUCCGUUCACAGAUCAGAUAUCCCAAUCAAACCGCCUAUUACGUCUUCCAAGGGAGGUAUCUGAUCGGCUCGUUCAAAUAUAUCUUGAAAGAGUCAACCCGCGAUAUCCUUUUCUUCAUCUCGAUACAUUCCUCGGCUGGUAUGAAUCUUGGAAGGCUCAUUCAUAUCUGGAUAGCGCUAGACAUGAGCAGGGGCUAUGGAAGGACUAUUUUGUCACCAUGGUGCACGCUGUUGCCCUACUUUUGACGCCUCGCGUGUCUGAAAGUGACAUCGCCACGUCUCAGUCACUGUAUAACACUGCUAUGAAAUAUCUUGCCUACGUUUUCGCGCAGCCCGAUCCCAUCCUACAUGCACAAGCAUACCUACUUCUAACAUUGCAUGCGCUUCACUCGCCCUCAUCACAAAUGAUCGUUACCAUGGUAUCCGCAACGAUGAGGUACUGUGUCAUGGCUCAGCUCCAUCUAGCCGAGAGUGAGCCGAAAGUACUGAAUCCCGUAUUUUCUUUGGAGGUCCAAACCCGCCGCCGAGUAUUUUGGUCUGCGUAUGCCUUGGAUCGAUUAAUCAGUUGGAUCUAUCAUAUCCCAAACAAUAUCAGCGACGAGCAUAUCAGCGUAGCGCUUUUCUCAAACGUUGGAGACUCAGACCUCCACCGCGAUGGCUCAGACGACAGCCGCAUCCGAAUAGAAGCACCAUCCCAGAAAACCCAUGUCUCACCCGCUUUACAUCUAUUCCGAUGCAGACGUAUCCAAUCCCGGAUUAUCAGUACUAUGAUGCGGUCAGAUUUUGAAGAGAUCAACGCCUCAACAACAUGGCGAGAGCACAUGCUAGGAGAAUUGGACGCCUGGAGAUCUCAACUGCGUUUAUUGAGCGAUGUAGCAUCUAAAAGCUACACGAGCGAUCGAUGGGUUGGCAUGGCGUAUAACUAUACAAUCCUCUUACUACACCAGCCCACCAAAGAAAACGUAUGCAGCGGCUUUGGAGACCGGUCCGUCCCGGCAUGUGUUCAAAUCGCCAUGACAUUCAGGACAUUUCAGAAAGAUCGACAAACAGCCCAAUUAUGGCCUGGGCUCCUAAGCCAAGUCGCUGUAGGCAUAACACUCCUCUACUGCUUCUGGGCAACACCACCCCAGCGCCAAACGCCAGCCUACAAAACCCGCGACGUCCCCGAAGCACUACGAGCCUGUUCAACCGCACUGGCCAUCCUCGCCGAGCGAUGGAUCCAAGCUGAGCCCCUGCGUGACGUCUUUGAUACACUAGCUAGGGAAGUCCCAGUUUACGGAAUGAUUGUGGAUGAUCCACCCCCGAGACGUAUUUCGGCGGAAUCUGCUUCCUAUAUUCAGUCUCAGAUGCCCUUACUUGUUUCGAUCAUUAUGCAUCGGGGUGUUUUGCGUAUGAUUCGUGAGAUUAUCACGGAGGAUUUCCCUAGGGAUUUCCCCGAGCCGCAUGAUCAGGCUUUGUCCGCUGAUUUGGGGGGGCAUUUGUGUUCUGAGGAGUGUCUGUUCUUUCGAGGGACGGGUCAUGCUGGGUCUGUGGGUACGAAUGUUCAGGGAUUUGAUUCGCUUGAGGAUGAAAUUGAGGGUGCUUUUGCGGUUGAUGAUGAAACUUUGAUGUUUCCUCUUCUUUUUGGCUCUGCUGAGUUUUGA